AUGGGUAUCCAACGUGGGAGUCCGGCAGCACAGGCUGGCCCCUCCGGCACUAUCAACCCGUUGGUGCAAGAGUUUGGAUCGCUUCAAGUUCUCGACGACUUGAUUCGCUUGCGAGCUGCUGAUUCUGUUCAAUCUCCCAUUCUUGCCUAUCCCCGUUUCGACAACGAUGCAGCUUCCUAUGAAUACUACACUGGGAAACACUUGGAUGCUAUGAUAAACCAAGCUGUCAUCAUGCUCAUCGAUGAUGGAUUCAAACAGGCAACGCGGAGUCCAUCCAUCGUGGCACUUCUUACAUUGUCCGACUUGAACAUGGUGAUCACCUUUUUCGCCCUAAGUCGACUGGGUUAUACUGUCAUGAUGCUCUCACCGAGACUUUCGGGCGAAGCCUGCGUGUCAUUGCUAGAAACGGUCAAUUGCGAGUCAAUCAUAUAUGGCCAAUCCCCCAAUAUCCGCUCAACAUUGGGCGAGAUCCUUUGCCGGAGGCUAGUGAGCUGCCGCCCAAUGCUCUCAUGCUCUUCAUACAACAAAUUACAAUCGUCAUCGCAUGUUCUGCGUCUGCGUCGCAAUCGAAAUCCUGAAAAGGUCGCCUUGAUCCUUCAUUCAUCGGGAUCAACAGGCACCCCAAAGCCGCUCUUCCUCACACACAAAGCAAUCAUGACUCAUCCUCUGCGAGGUCCUGGUUUUACUUCUUUCAAUACCCUGCCAUGGUAUCACCUCCAUGGCCUAUCCACUGCAUUGCAGGCAAUGUGGAUGAGAAAGACAGCCUAUAUGUGGAACGCUGCGCUGCCUUUGACUGCAGAACUCGUGGCCAGGGCCCUCGAAGAGGCCAGACCGGAGUCUGUAGCAGCGGUUCCAUAUAUGCUCCAAAUUUUGAUUGAUGAUCCCCGUGGUAUAACAGCGCUAAGGCAAUGCAAGUUGAUUACGUACGGAGGUGCACCCUGUCCGGACGAGCUGGGGGAUCGCCUAGUAAGCGAAGGAGUACACUUUGGAGGUUCAUUCGGCCUCACCGAAGCUGGCCUUGUGGCAGAAUCAAUCUCACGACCGAAAGGUGACCCUUAUUGGAACUAUCUGAAAUUCUUCGACAAUAUCCGAUCAUAUGUCUGGAUGAAGCCCAUCUCCGAAUCAGAUCUGCUCUUCGAGUGCGUUUAUCUUGCUGGUCAUCCAGCGUUGACAACCUCGAAUUCAAACGAGCCGCCAGGAUCCUUCCAUUCGAAAGACGUCUUCACCCCUCAUCCUACAAUUGCCGGAAGGUGGAAGUACAUCUCACGAUUGGAUGAUCGAAUCAAUCUAGUGAAUGGCGAGAAGGUUUUACCACUCCCGAUUGAAGGCCACAUCAAACAACACCCUUUCAUCCAUGAUGCAGUUGUCGUCGGGGUAGGAAAAGCUGCUCCGGGACUAUUGAUUUUUCGAGCGGACGAACCUGAAGCCAAUCGUCUCUCAGACGAAGAAUACCUCAGUGCAAUCUGGCCGACAAUCCAAGAAGCCAACUCCCAGGCAGAGGCCUUCUCCCAAAUCUCCCGCAAUCUGGUUGCUAUAUUGCCACAUGGCGCCAAGUUUUCUCGAACAGACAAAGGGUCCAUGAUCCGAGCACAGGUCUAUCAGGAAUACAGCGAACUUAUCGAAGGCCUCUAUACCGAAGGGAAACAGAUGUACGGGAAUCUUCAGCUUGACGUUGUGGAGACAGGGCGCAUCCUGGUUCAACUAGCCGAGCACGAACUUGGGAUAGCCCUCUCUGGUGUCGACGCCAAUUUCUUCUCUGAAGGCGUUGACAGUCUCAAGGCAAUCCACUUCCGACGUCUCAUUCUUCAGCAUUUCAAGUUUGAGUUGGCUCGGCAUAUCUGUGCUUUACAAAACGGCGAGAUAUUCGAACAGGUCGGGAGUGAUGUCUCGGCGAUGACUGAAUUGAUCGAGAAAUAUUCUGUGUUUGAGAGGCACAUUCCCGAACUACAUGAUUGUUCAGGUCCGAACAGUGUACUUUUAACAGGAGCCACAGGGUCGAUUGGAGCCCACGUGUUGUACGAGCUGCUUAAUGACGACUCCAUCUCGACGGUGUACUGUCUCACACGGCGAGAAUCGCCACUGGAAGCAAUACUCUGCACUCUAACCGACAAAGAUCUUCUCAUAUCCCCAGAACAGAGAAUGAAGAUCGUCGCCUUCGAUAGCCGCAUUGACCAACCCGAUUUCGGUUUAUCUCUGGACGAAAGUACAAUCAACCACAUGCUGGAUUCAGUCUCGCUCAUUAUCCACACGGCAUGGCCCGUCAACUUCAAUCUCCCACUGACCGAGUUCGAGCCGCACAUCCAGGGACUAUACAAUCUGAUCCAAUUCUCCCUGUCGGUGCAGAGACGCGAGCCUGCCGUCAUGAUGUUCUGCUCGUCAGUCUCCACCGCGCUCGGUUCCCGAGCAGCCGAAAUCCCCGAAGAACCAGUCGAUUUGGAUUGCGCCUUUAUGGGUUACGGGCAGUCCAAAUUGGUUGGGGAGCGGAUUGUGAGUAACGCGCGGCGGAGUGGGGCGAGGGCUUAUUCACUCCGGAUUGGCCAGGUCUCAGGCCACUCGAAGAAGGGCUUGUGGAAUGACUCCGAAGCCCUGCCGCUGAUGAUCCGGUCGGCGCUGACACUGGGCGCAUUGCCUGAGCUAUCUCAGCCAUGUUCUUGGUUGCCGGUGGAUAAGCUUGCGUCCAGUAUUCUUGAACUAGCUAGGACUUGUGCUACGCCGAGUGAGUUUGGGGAAAGUCAUGCGUCCAGCUCGGCUUUGGAGUACGUUGAUGACUCGAUUUUCAAUCUGUGUAAUUCUCGCGAAUUCACCUGGUCAUCUUUGCUUCAUACGCUGAAGGAUUCUGGGUUCCGGUUUGAUGCCGUGCCUUUUGAAGAGUGGUUGCUGAGACUUCGUCGGAGUGAGACAAAAGGUGAGGAACUUGUCAAUCCGGCGGUCAAGCUCAUUCAUCAUUACGAGACGAUGCAUGGGAAGAAUUCUUUCAUACAGAACAGUCUCAAGAGGUUUAUUACGGACAAAGCAGAGAGGAGUAGUGUGACUUUGCGGAAUGGCCGACUGAGAAUUAUUGAUGAUGGAAUUCUGAGAUGCUAUGCUCAAGAUUGGUUGGCGAGGUGGACAGUCUAG